UAAGUUCAGUUGAUUGCUUGCUGCUGCAUGGGAAAAAGUGUAUUUCGUGGUGUUUUUACUGUAAAAUCUUAGGGAAGGAGCUCCCUUGAUCCUAUUUUGGCACCUAAAGUUGAUCCAUCUGGAGGGUGAUUUGCGAAAAAUUACGGUCCUCUGCGGCAUACGAUUUACCUGAGAUGGACUCAGACGAGGAAUCCUUCGACAAUGAAAAUGUCGAUUCUGGGAAUGUGUCCAGUGGCGAUGAUGACUUUGCCAUGGAGGUGGACAUGAAUAGCUCUAAGGAUAGGCAAUCGGAGCAGGAGGAAUACCCUUAUGAGGUGCUGACGACCGAGGAGAUUGUGCAGCACAUGGUGGACUGCAUCCGGGACGUGAAUACGGUGGUGGAGAUUCCCGGAACGACGACGCGCAUUCUCCUGAAUCACUUCAAGUGGGACAAGGAGAAGCUGAUGGAGCGAUUCUAUGAUGGGGACCAGGAGAAGUUCUUCCGCGAUGCCCAUGUAAUAAAUCCAUUCAACAAGCCCAACACAAUCAACAAGCCAAAGGUGAAGCGAUCCGGAACUGAGGAGUGCGAAGUGUGUUUCUCACAAUUUCCACCAAGUAUGAUGACAGGCUUGGAGUGCGGCCACCGAUUCUGCACGACUUGCUGGAGCGAAUACUUGACCACAAAGAUCAUGGAGGAGGGAUUGGGGCAGUCGAUCGCUUGUGCGGCGCAUGGUUGUGAUAUUUUGGUUGACGAUGAAACUGUUAUGCGACUUGUGGCGGAUUCACGUGUGAAACUGAAGUAUCAACACCUGAUAACAAAUAGUUUUGUCGAGUGCAAUCGUCUUCUUCGCUGGUGUCCAUCUGCCGACUGCACGUAUGCCAUUAAAGUGAACUAUGUCGAUCCGCGACCAGUUUGCUGCAAGUGCAAGCAUGUCUUCUGUUUCGAGUGUGGCGAGAAUUGGCAUGAUCCAGUUCAGUGUCGUCUGCUGAAGAAGUGGAUCAAGAAGUGCGACGAUGACUCGGAGACGUCCAAUUGGAUUGCGGCGAACACGAAGGAGUGUCCAAAAUGCAAUGUGACGAUCGAAAAGGACGGCGGCUGCAAUCAUAUGAUAUGUAAGAACCAGAACUGCAAGCACGAUUUUUGCUGGGUGUGCCUGGGGUCCUGGGAGCCGCACGGAUCGUCCUGGUACAACUGCAACAGGUAUGACGAGGAUGAGGCGCGUGCAGCUCGCGAUGCUCAGGAGAAGCUGCGAUCAUCGCUUGCCAGAUAUCUGCACUACUACAAUCGAUACAUGAAUCACAUGCAGUCGCUGAAGUUCGAGAACAAACUCUACGCCAGUGUCAAGGCGAAGAUGGAGGAGAUGCAGCAGCACAACAUGUCGUGGAUCGAGGUUCAGUUCUUGAAGAAAGCCGUGGACAUUCUGUGUCAAUGCCGACAGACGUUGAUGUACACUUAUGUGUUUGCGUACUACUUACGAAAGAACAAUCAAUCCCAAAUAUUCGAGGAGAAUCAAAAGGACCUGGAAACUGCCACAGAGAAGUUGUCCGAGUAUUUAGAGCGUGAUAUAACGUCGGAAAAUUUAGCUGAUAUAAAACAAAAAGUUCAGGACAAGUAUCGAUAUUGCGAAAAGCGACGCAAAGUGCUUCUGGAUCAUGUUCACGAAGGAUACGAGAAGGAUUGGUGGGACUACACAGAUUGAUUUUGUUAAAUUCGUGAGUAAGUGAAAGAGAGAGAGAGAGAGAUAUUCAGCGUAAAAUUUGCUAGUGAAAUUCUAAUGUUUCCAAAUGAUAUGAAGAGAAAAUUUUGGAGGAGAGAAAUUCUGUAUAAAAAAAAUACCAUUUAACUCUCUUUUAUUAGAUUGUGCCGUAAUAAGUAAAGGAUAAAAGAAGAAAAAAAUUGAACCAAUAACAUUAGACGAGUAAUGCAGAAAUAGGAGUAAAAUGCUUCUAUAUUUUCAGAUUUUAGGGAUAUUUAAAAAAGUUAUCAGUUUCAAAGUUUGUAAAAUUCUAAUCACAAGUAUUUGCCCUCAAUUUAGAGAUACGUUUUUUUCCUGUCCAAACAACAUCAAGAACUUUUCUCACACCAAAAUUCUUCAGCUUUAUAAAAUAUAAAGGAUGAGCGCAUAAAGGAUGAGAAUGAAAAGAGAUAAUAUUGAAUCGUUAUAUAUUAUUGUUUAAUAGAGAAAAGAGUCCUGAACUAAGAAUGAAAAUAAAAAGAAAAUAUAAAUGAGUGAUAUAAGCUAAAGUGUUAAUGUAGAAUGUUUUUUGCCCUACUUUUUUUAUUAUUAUUAUUAUGAAAUUACUUGUAUUCACUCAAUGGAACAAAUCGUUAUAAUAAUUAAUCCAGAGAAUAGUUCGGUAUGUCUUCUAUUGCAAUUUACACCAUGGUUUACGCAAUUUCGAUUUGAUUUAAAUGACAUUUUAGUGAGACAGCGAGAACCGAAGUGCGCGGACAUGAACAAUAAAGAGGUAUGAAAAUGCCAUAGGAUCUGUUUUUAAAGUGUGAAAAUAUGCAUCACGUAAUAUUCCUUUCGCAAAUCUUGAUCUUCGGUUGUUUGUGGCGAACGUCUUUCGUCAAAUAGCAGCAGAACAUUAUAAAUAAAUUAUAAAUAGACAUGAUUAGGAGACAGGUGAGCUGGCGAUGGACACUAUUGAUGCGGUUGACGACUGGUGAAUAAGGAUCGGAAUGCUGUCAUGAUGUUGAAAUUUAUUGAGAGGAUGCGAAGUGGGAGAAAUUUUAAGCAAAAUUAUUGCAUUGAAUGUAACCAAACAGAAGAUGAUUAGAUGAGAGAUUUAAACUUAUUUAAAAGCUAAUAUUUGUGUAUUAAAUUAGAAAUAACAAUACACGGUUUAUUUUUCAACAAAA